AUGGACGGCCAUCCGGACUCCCCCGAUUCGUCGGCCGGCGAUCAAUUGACGGUCGAUUUGCUGAACGCCCGCAGGAAGAGGAGCCGAGCGGUCGCGGGCGAUUUGGCGAGGCGAUCGCCGCCCGAUUUGAAAAUCAAUAAUAACGAUGUGGAGUUCGUGCUUAUGGACGAGCAGGGCGAUCAGCGGCAGGAGAACGGGGACGAUGAGGACCGUCUCACUGCCACCGGCCACGGUUCGUUGACGUUGAGCGGCGGCUCGCCGGGCGGCGGUUAUUCCGCCGGCGGUUCGGCCGCCCAUCACCGCGCCGCCUCCGGCCUCCACCAUUCGGCGGCGGCCGCCAUGCAGCACCAGCUGCCCCAGCCGGACUUCCAACCGCCUUACUUCCCGCCGCCGUUCCACCAUCCGCCCAGCCCGCCGCCCCAGCAGCACCUGGAGUACCUCACGGACCCCUACGGCGGCCUCACCGGACUGCACCACUACAACCAGUUGGGGUUGAGGCCCAGGGACGGCGACGGCAGCCAUACCCAUGUUAGUCAGUUAGGUCACGGUACUAGUUUUCCCUACAGCACGGGACCGGGAGGAGGUCGACCCGACUACUCCACCCAACGGCCCGACGACCCCCUUUCCUUACACCAAGCCCUGGGACAAGCGGUGGAAGAGGCCCAAGGCGGUCUAGACGAUAACACGGGGUUCAUUACAGACUUACCAUUAUUAAAAAAUAUAAAAGGAAAAGACCACGGCGGCGGUUCGAUGGUGUCCCCCAGCGACGUAUUCUGUUCGGUACCUGGUAGAUUGUCGCUUUUGUCCUCGACGUCAAAGUACAAAGUAACGGUGGGCGAGGUGCAGCGCAGGCUAUCUCCACCGGAAUGCCUAAACGCCUCCCUGUUGGGCGGCGUCCUGAGGCGAGCGAAGAGCAAAAACGGCGGUCGAAUACUCAGGGAGAAGCUCGAGAAGAUCGGCUUGAAUCUGCCGGCCGGUCGACGGAAAGCGGCCAACGUCACCCUCUUGACCUCGCUGGUAGAAGGCGAAGCCAUACAUCUGGCCAGGGAUUUCGGAUACGUCUGCGAGACUGAAUUUCCAGCUAGACAGGUAGCUGAGUAUCUUCUGAGGCAACACGGCGAAACGAUGCGCAGGAAGGAACUGCUGCAGGCGACGAAGCAGGUGACCAAGGAGUUGAUGGACCUGCUGAACCAGGACAGAUCGCCAUUGUGCAAUACGCGGCCGCAGAUCCUGCUUGAUCCGUCGAUACAGCGCCACCUGACGCACUUCUCGCUGAUUAGUCACGGUUUCGGCAGUCCCGCCAUCGUGGCGGCGCUCACCGCCAUCCAGAACUUCCUCAGCGAAUCGCUCAAGCACUUGGACAAGGUGUUUCCUAAUCAGAACGCGCAGCAGGGCCAGCCGAUGCUGGUGUCUUCGUCGUUGGAUAAGGGAAAGUUGGACGAUAAGAAGUGA